GUCAAAGGUUGGUACGGGUUGGUAUCCUGACACUAGAAAACAGGUUGGCGAACAUGAUUUCGCAGUACGCCAUAUUUGUUUCGUAAAAUUAAUUGUGUCGUCUGACAUUUACGUAGGAUAAAGGCGUAUCAUUUUGCUGUGUGAUUAUUGUUUGAUAAAAAUGAACAGGUUAUUUGGUCGAGGCAAACCAAAAGAACCACCACCACCAAUAACUGACUGUAUUGCAAGUGUUGACAGUAGAGCUGAUUCAAUAGAAAAGAAAAUAGCUCGACUCGAUGCAGAACUUAAAAAGCACAAGGACCAGUUGAAAAAAAUGAGAGAAGGGCCGGCCAAAAAUGCUGUGAAACAGAAAGCACUAAGGUUGUUGAAGCAAAGAAAAAUGUACGAGCAGCAGUCGGACAACCUGCGACAGCAGGCGUUCAACAUGGAGCAGGCCAACUACGCCCACCAGACGCUCAAGGACACCCACUCCACCGUGGAGGCCAUGCGGAGUGGCGUGAAGGAGAUGCAGAAGGAAUUCAAGAAGAUCAACAUCGACGAAAUCGACGACAUCCAGGACAACAUGGCGGACAUGCUGGAGCAGGCGGACGAGGUGCAGGACGCGCUGGGCCGCAGCUACGGCACCACGGACAUCGACGAGGAUGACCUGGAGGCGGAGCUGGACGCCCUGGGCGACGAGAUGGCCGAGCAGCUGGACGACGACAGCUACCUGGACGACGUGGUGCGGGCCCCCAGCGCCCCCGACAAGGAGCCGGGCGCAGACAGCGUCCGCAACAAGGACGGAGUCUUGGUGGAUGAAUUUGGCCUCCCACAGAUACCACACUCGUAACCUCGCCACAUCUGUUUACCCUGCAUAUAUUCAUGCUUGCAUUAUUUUGUACUCUGCUUAUUGUCCACAUCUUGUCAUAAGUUUUUUUUUAAGUUGAGCAGUAUUUUGUUGUCUCAUGUUAAUCAUAGCUUUUGUUGUGCAAGAUGGUUGAAAUGCUUGUGAGAUUUUAUAUGCUAAUAAUGUAAUUAAUUAUAUGCAGAAAAAUUGUUUUGUAAAUAUUUGUAACAUUUUAAGUUGUAGAGUAAUAAAGGUAUUGUUGAUGAGAAGGUCACUAUCAUACAAA